CUCCGGCCCCUCUUCGAAAAAAAACAUCCUUUCUGCCCUUGCAUCAUUAUUAUUCGACAGCCCAGCAGCCCACAAAGCAGGACAGAUUAUCCUAAAAUCAGCCCUUUUUGUUUUUCUUGCAGCAUUUUCGUCUAGUCAGGAAGACGGGUAUGUAAAAUUCUUCUCCAAAAUGGGAAGAAGAAACUCCGCCAUUCCUCGCUUUUGUUGGUAUUAUAGCUGAUAGAUAGAUUGAUUUAAUUGAUCGAACCAGAAUGGAAGUUCCAGCAAGUUUAAUCAGUAAAGUUCACAGUUCUUUCUCUGAUGGCUUACAUUUUGCAGCCCCGUUGCCUUCUUUAAGUACUAGUGAAAUUGAAUUGGUGAAAGGAGCGUUGCAUAUAUGCCAAGGUUUCUCAAGUGAUUUGUUUUAUUGGGACCAUAUUGGGCAGUCUUUUCGAGUUAAAACUGGGAUUUAUGUAUCCCAUCUCACGCGGACGAGUCUUUACGGCAUUCUUGAUCAGUUCACCUAUGCCGCUACUUGUUUAAAACUGGUGGAAAUCCUUGUGAAUAAGAUUCACAAAUCAGCUCGAUCACCUCCACCUACUUUGCGAGCAUUUGCUUGCUCUGUUUCUGCCUGGCUUAAAAAAUUGCGAGAUGUUGCUUUGAGAGAGGAAGAAAACAUAAGUACCGGUGAUGGUAAAAUGAUUGCAACCCUCUUGGGACUGUCGAGCUCUUUAUCAAGUCUGUGCUCAGGAGCUGAGUAUCUGUUGCAAAUUGUGCAUGAAGCUGUUCCAGGAGCCUAUUUUGAACCCAAUUCUUAUAUAGCAGCAGCAGAUGUUGCUGUUUACAUUCUUAAUCAGCUAUACAGAAAACUUGAUGAAGUUUGUCUUGUGCAAGGGGGUGAGGAGGAUGCUUAUCGGAUGUUACUUUACAUAUUUACUGGGAGUCUACUGCCUUAUGUUGAGGGUCUUGAUUCUUGGCUUUUUGAAGGGACUCUCGAUGACCCUUUUGAGGAGAUGUUCUUUUAUGCUAACAAAGGAAUUGCAAUUGAUGAGACUGAGUUUUGGGAGAAGAGCUAUCUGCUAAGGACAGCAAAAAUUAAAAACCUGGAGAUCGGUUCCUCAUCUGAUGUUUUACUAAAAGACAAAAAAGAUAUUACUGGAAGAGAGUCGAUUUCUACGAGAGAAAAAGAGGGGGGGGAGAUAGAACAUCAUGUUUGUCCUUUGUUCAUUAAGGACAUGGGUAAGGCAAUUGUUUCUGCUGGGAAGUCCUUGCAGCUUAUACGACAUGCACCUUUGCCAUCACUUUCAGAUGUACCUGGCGAUAACCAUGAGAUUAGGCGGUGUAUAGCUGGUUUGACUUUAUCAGAGGUCUUUUGCGUGUCAUUGGCGGCACUGAUUGGUCAUAGUGAUCACAUAUCUGAAUAUGUUUGGCAUGAUAAUUUGAUUGUUUCUUCAUUUGAAUCUCCUGUGGGAAAGGAGAAAGAAGAGAGAAAUGGCGAGAUUUUACCAUUUAUAUCAUCAGAUAAGGUCUGGUAUAAAAUCUUGGCCAAUGUAUUGGGGCAGAAAAGAGAGAUUGUUUCAGAAUCUACACAUAUAGAUACUGAUGUCUUUAGCUUACAGAAAGAAAAACUAGUUCCUGAUGGAGUUGAUGAUGUUCCUUGUGUUGGAACAUAUUGUCCUCAAAAUCCUGCUAUAACUGUUUGUCAGAGAUUUCUUUACGGGAAUAAGGAUGCUCAGAGUGCAUUAAGUUUGUCUAGAAAUUUGUAUCUUCCUCCUUUAGAUGAUAAGGAAUUAAGAAAGGCUGUAUUUUACAAAAAUAGUGGAUCUUGUUCUGAGGAAAAAAGCACAGAUUUUACUUUUGGCUUUUGGUUUGAUGAAUCUGAAUAUGUUCGUAGACAGGAAGAAACAAAAAUGUUAGAGAUGCUAUUUCCAUUUAUGACUUUGCUUCCAUCUUUUCAGGAGGACCUUCACAUUUCAGAGUUUUUGCCAUUUGAGAAAAAUAGUACCCUUCCAUCAAGAAUUCUAAGUUGGAUGCAGAGUGCUGAACCAAAGGUUACCCCACUUCCUGUUGUUAUUCUACAGGAAUGCCUUAUUGCCUACAUCAAGAAACAGGCAGAUUAUAUUGGUAGGAUUAUAUUAUCAAAGCUACUAUAUGACUGGAGAUUGCUGGAUGAGCUAGAAGUAUUACGCGCCAUAUAUUUGUUAGGUUCAGGGGAUCUUCUGCAACAUUUUUUGGUAGUGAUUUUUAACAAGUUAGAUAAAGGAGAAUCGUUAGAUGAUGAUUUUGAGUUGAACACCAUAUUGCAGGAAUCUAUUAGAAACUCUGCUGAUGGCUCACUUCUGAGCACACCUGAUUCAUUGGUUGUGUCCAUCACAAAAAACUCUGAUUUAAGUGAGGAUGAACAACAUGGUGCAUCUAUCCAAAUCUCAACUCCUCGCAAAAGUCGACUACAGACCAUGGGAAUUGAUGUCCUUCAGUCACUAAAUUUUACAUACAAGGUCUCCUGGCCACUUGAACUUCUAGCUAAUGUAGAGGCACUAAAGAAGUAUAACCAGGUUAUGAUUUUCCUGUUAAAGGUCAAGCGUGCAAAAUUUGUUCUUGAUAAGGCUCGGAGGUGGAUGUGGAAGGAUAGAAGCACUGCUACAACUACUCGCAAACGCCAUUGGUUAUUGGAGCAAAAAUUACUGCAUUUUGUCAAUGCCUUUCACCAGUAUGUGAUGGACAGGGUAUAUCACAGUGCAUGGCGUGAACUCUGUGAAGGUGUUGCAGCAGCUAGGUCUUUGGAUGAAGUCAUUGAAGUGCAUGAAUCCUAUCUUUUGUCAAUUCAGAGACAGUGCUUUGUUGUUCCUGACAAGCUGUGGGCAUUGAUAGCCAGCCGAAUCAACAAUAUCCUUGGACUUGCUUUGGACUUCUACUCCAUACAGCAGACUCUAAGCAGUGGUGGAGCAGUGUCUGCCAUAAAGACAAGAUGCGAAAUGGAAGUAGAUCGGAUAGAGAGACAGUUCGAUGAAUGCAUAGCUUUCCUUCUCAGGAUUCUAUCUUUCAAGCUGAACGUGGGGCAGUUUCCUCAUUUGGCAGAUUUGGUUACGAGAAUUAAUUACAAUUAUUUCUACAUGUCUGAUAGUGGAAGCCUGAUGACAACUUCGGGCUCGGAUGUUAUUACUUCAAGAUAGGGUCGUCCAAGUCAAGAUGGACUGUGUUAUUGCUCUGUGUGGUAUAAAAUCAACAGAAAAACAAAAAAUUGAUGUCUUUCAGCAUGGUGUGAUAGUUGAAUGAGGAAUUUAGGUGUGGCUAAUUUCUUGAUCUCUGCAUCCUGAUAAGCUCCUAAUGCAGAAGCUGCAAGUUGAUAAAUUGAAGUUGGGUUGCUUUGCUUACCGCAUCUUGAAGCGCUUGAGAUUGGAGGAUCAUGUAUUUAAGACAGCACGCAUACUUUGUUUGAAGGAAGAUAGCAGGUAUACUUGUUUGAUAGAUUUUUAAUGUCGUAGAUUGGCUUCCCUAGUUGAUUGAACAAAUAUUUAUCAUCGUUUCAGGACUUCUGCAUUCUCCUACUGCUGAUGAUAUUACUAUUAGAGAUGAAAAUAUCAUUUGUUUAGCCGGUUGGUUGUUGUGAUUACAAUUUAUAUGCUGUCAUACGUGUGAUGUUUUGUAAGUGCAGCGUGGCAGUCAAUUUACAGAUUGGUUUUAACAAUAAUUUUUCCACAAUUAUAUCAAUGCAUGUUGCAAUUUUGUUGGCUAUA